AUGUCAACUGAAGCUCUCGCCGUACAGCCGCAAGCGUCAAACCGCAGGUCUCGACAAAUUAGUGACAAACGACGCGACAAGAAACGCGUGGCCGAUCGACUAUGUCAACGCCAGGCACGAGCCCGCACGAAGACCAAGAUCGCCGAGCUAGAGUCUCUGCUGGCACGCCUGACAAACCAGUCAGGUAACGAAGUCUACGGGCAGUUGAGGGAGCAACUCGAGAAGUCUCGCACCGAGUGCCAGUCCCUAAAGCGAAAACUCACAACAAUCGCAACACUCGCUCGAAUCAACAUGGAUGAAGACCUAGAUGCACGGCAUGACGCACCCGAUAAUGGCCAUUCUGAUUUCUCCCCCGAGCAAGACAAGUCUCCCACGGACGAUCUAGAAACAAACGAUCCAUCUGUGCGCCACCCGGAAGGUACUUCGUGUAAUCUUCAUAGACCACUUGACCUUGAUUUCCCAAACGACGAUAACCCCAGCUUCAAUUUUUUGGAUGGCAUUCUAGACUUCGAAAACCUCGAUCAACCAGGAUUAGCGGCAUCAUCCCUUCGGUCCGAAGUGAUGGGAGGCACCAAUAACUUUGCAGCGACAGCCACUUCAAUCGAACUCUCCUUUCCAGAAAGCCGGUCGUCGUGCACGUGCGUCCAUCACAGCCCAGCUCUGGAUCAGGCCAAUAUGUGGUCGUCCAUGAGCCAGACGUUAAUGGAUUGGAAAACCCAUCACUGGGCUCAACUGAAACCUGGUGAAAACCAUGACGAUAUUGCAGUACGGGCCGUUACAGAAGGCUGGGACGCUCCGUCUCUUGGGAACUUGAGUAUUUCAUGGCGAAUCCUGCUGCAAGUUGAUCAGAAGGUUUGGGCCAACUGCCGGCCGGUGGACCGCCUGGCCGUUCUCAGCAUCAUGAACAUGCUCCUGCAAUGCCAUCUCAACCCUUCGGAGGAAAAUCUAUCAGGGCUCCCUGCUUGGUACCGACCAAGACCGUCACAAAUGGCUCAAAAACAUGCCUAUGCCAUCGACUUCUUUGUUUGGCCUGGCAUCCGUGAGCGAUUCAUCUACCAUCAACAUAAAUAUUGUUCCGAUAGGUUUUGGUCCCUCCUAGCACAACAUUUCCGUUUCGUCUGGCCAUAUGAUCUCCGCGACUGUUAUGCACAUAACCGAUCGACUGGCAGGUAUCAACUCUCAGAGCUGUUCCGCCGUCAUCUCGGCGACCUCUCGUCCUUUACUUUUUGUAAAGAUAUGUUCAAUAACUUCCCAGAAUUUGAAUGCGACAUUCCAAAGUAUAUGACUAUUCCACAGAGCUUGCAUCCCUAUCCGGGUUUCAAUCAGCUCAGCAAUGAAAUAGCCAGAAAAGAGCACGAUAAGACGCCUGGAACUCAGGGACCGAUUGACGUUGCUCCAACGCCUUCGAGCCGCUUGCAAGGCCAAUGGCGGUAUCUACCACAAGAAUCACAAGACGGCAUCACGAAAAACGACGGCCAAAUGUCAUGGCCCCUGCCACUCCACGUCGAUUCAUUUUUCUCGUAG